AUGGGAUCAAUCGAAGCAUUUCGGCCGGACUACGACGUGCUCGUCAUCGGCGCCGGCUUGUCAGGCUGCUAUGCUUGCCAUCGAAUGAACCAGCUGAACAUGACGGUAAAGGUGCUAGAGGCAGGGGCAUCGGUAGGGGGUACUUGGUUCUGGAAUCGCUAUCCCGGCUGUCGGUUCGACUCGGAGUCGUACUCGUACGCCUUCUUCUUCAACAAGGAGAUGUUGGACGAGUGGAACUGGUCGGAGCAUUUUGCGCCCCAGCCCGAGACGGAACGCUACAUCAACUUCAUGUGCGACAAGCUCAAGUUGUGGGAUUACAUGCAGUUCAACACCCGUGUUUCCAGCGCGCAUUGGAUCGAGCAGGAUCGCUGCUGGAAACUCACCGACGCAUCUGGGCAGACGUACACGUCUCGCUUCCUCAUCACCGGCAUCGGCGUCCUCAGUAACCCUACCCUGCCGAAUCUGCCGGGGGUGGAAGACUUCCAAGGUACCGCGUAUCACACGUCUCGCUGGCCCCACGAAGAGGUCAGCUUCGAAGGCAAAAGGGUGGGCAUUAUAGGCACUGGAGCCACAGCCAUACAGGCCAUCCCGGUCAUCGCGAAGACGGCCAAAAGUCUGACGGUGUUUCAGCGGACGGCCAAUUGGGCAGUUCCCUUGCUCAACUCGAAGAUCGAAAAGGAGGAAAUGGACUCGAUUCGACAGCGCUACCCGGAGAUCUUGAAGAGGCUGAAUCAGACCCGAAUGUGUUUCCUGCACGACGCCAACUACACCGACUCGAUCUGGGAUUUCACGCCGGAACAGCGAGAGGUAUUCUGGGAAGAACUCUACGCGACCCCUGGAUUCCCCAUGUGGCUGUGCAACUAUAAAGAGAUACUCGUCGACGAGAAGGCCAACAGCCUGGUCACAGAGUUUGUGGCCCGAAAGAUCCGUGAGCGAGUCCACGACCCUCGCACCGCGGAGAAACUCAUUCCCAAAAAUCACGGAUUUGGGACCAGGCGAGUUCCCAUGGAAACCAACUAUUUCGAGGCUUACAAUCUGCCGCACGUGCGACUGAUUGACCUGCUCGAGACGCCCAUUGAGCGGGUGACGCCGACGGGGAUCAAGACGACGGAAGAGGAGUUUGAAUUUGAUAUGCUCAUCUAUGCCACGGGGUUUAAUGCCGUCACUGGAGCUUUCGACGCCAUCGACUUCCGAGGAAUCGAUAACCACAGCCUCCUAGACGAAUGGAAAGACGGACCCAGGACGUUCUUGGGUCUGACGGUGGAGCACUUCCCCAACAUGUUCAUGUCCAUGGGUCCGCAUCAAGCCUAUGGCAAUAUCCCGCGCAGCAUCGAGUUUGCCGUGGGAUGGAUAUCAGAGUGUAUUGAAUAUUGCCGAGAUCACGGCAUCACGUAUAUCGAGGCCACCGAUGAGGGUGUCCGAGAAUGGACGGACCAUGUCCACGAUCUCGGCAAGAAUCUUCUCAGCAACAAGGUGGAUUCGUGGAUGACGGGCGUCAAUCGCAAUGUCGCCGGCAAGGAAAAACGCACCGUGGCCCGGUAUAUGGGGUCCGCGCCGGAAUUCCGGAGUAAGUGCGAACAGGUGUCGUCGGCUCAGUACAAGGCUUUCAAGCUGGCGUAG